AUGGAUGGGACGAGUAUAAGUGAUUUGGAAGAUGAUGCAGAUUUUGAUGCCCUUUAUGAAAAAAAUAUAAAUAAAGCUGUUAAAAAAACAAUUUUCCAAAAACGAUUACCUGUUCAAAGAGAUCUAUUUAAUCAUGUACUACCUGGACAAAAAGUUUAUUAUCAAGAAAUUAUUCACGACGUGUCAUAUGGCCCAACACAUCACAAAUUUAAUCAACAUGAUGAUGCCAAAGACUAUGGUAUUCUAUUAGAAGAUAAUGAUAGUAACACACCAGAAAAUUUGACAGUUCUAUCCUAUUACAUAUAUCCCACAAACUAUCAAGUAAGAGAAUAUCAAUAUAAUAUUGUUAAAAGAGCAUUAUUAACUAAUGUUUUAUGUGCAAUUCCAACUGGUAUGGGUAAGACAUUUAUUGCUUCUACUGUAAUGUUAAAUUUCUUUAGAUGGACUCAAGAUGCAAAAGUGAUAUUCAUGGCACCGACUAGACCUUUGGUAGCACAGCAGAUUAAAGCGUGUUUGGGGAUUACUGGAAUUCCCAAUGAUAAAACGGCAAUUCUAUUAGACAAAACUAGAAAGAAUAGAGAAACGAUAUGGAAAGAAAAAAGAGUAUUUUUUACCACACCACAGGUAGUGGAAAAUGACUUAAAAAGAGGUGUGUUGGAUCCAAAAGAUAUCAUAUGUUUGGUUAUCGAUGAAGCUCAUAGGGCAACAGGGUCAUACGCAUAUUCAAAUGUAGUUCAAUUUAUUGACAGAUUUAAUACAUCAUAUAGAAUUCUUGCUUUAACUGCAACACCAGGGACAACAUUAGAAAAUGUUCAGGAAGUGGUUAAUAAUCUGAAUAUAUCUAAGAUUGAAUUGAGAACUGAAGAAAGUUUGGAUAUUAUUCCAUAUAUGAAACACAAGGAGAUAACGAAAGUCUCAACUCAACUCACCUGUGAGAUUGAGGACAUCAUUGAACAACUAGGUAUUGCCAUUACACCGACUUUGAAACAAGCUGUAGAAUUAGGAAUUUAUGAAGAAUGUCCACCUUCUAAUAUCAAUGCAUUCAAAGCCAUGCAACAAAGUCAAAAGAUUGUUGCUAAUCCCAGUAUACCUGAAGGUAUUAAAUGGAGGAAUUUCUUUAUUUUACAGUUAUUAAAUCAUGUCGGACACAUGCUGAAGAGAAUUAAAAUAUAUGGCAUUAGAACAUUUUACAAUUAUUUUAAAAAUAAAUAUAAAGAAUUUACAACCAAGUAUAACCUGGGAAAAUCAACUAAUAAGAUUGCUGCAGAUUUUUAUUUUAAUCCUAUCCUAAAAUUAUUAAUGAAAAAAUGUGACAACUUAUUAGCAAAUGAAUCAUUUUUGGGGCAUGAGAAGUUACAAUAUAUUCGAAAUGAGUUAGAGAAUUAUUUUAAGGAAGACAUCAACCUAGCCGAGUCUCGUGUGAUCAUUUUCACUGAAUUGAGAGAGAGUGCUUUAGAAAUUGUCAAAUGUAUUGAUUCUAUGAAUGAUCAUCAUAUUCGUCCUCAUAUUUUCAUUGGUCAAGCAAGAGGUAAAGAGGAAUUUGAUGAUGUUGGUUUUACAAUGAAAAACAAACCAAAAGGAAGAAAGAAAGUCGACAGACUGAAAAGGAAGGAAGAGGAGGAACAAUUGCAAUUGAAAAAACAAAAAGAAAAGGAACAGGAAAGUAUAGAAAGAAGUGCUAGAAGAACAGCUAGCUCAGAAGAGGCUCAGAUUAAUGGUAUGAAUCAGAAACAACAAAAGGAAGUGAUCAAGAAAUUUAAAGAUGGUGAAUAUAAUGUCCUUGUUUGUACUUCUAUUGGUGAGGAAGGGUUAGAUAUUGGGGAGGUUGAUUUAAUAAUCUGUUAUGACACUACAAGUAGCCCUAUUAAAAACAUUCAAAGAAUGGGUAGAACAGGCAGAAAAAGAGAUGGUCACGUCAUACUAUUAUUUAGUAGUAAUGAGGCCUAUAAGUUUGAACAGGCCAUGAACGAUUACUCAAAUUUACAAAAAUUGAUUAGUCAGGAUUGUAUUGAAUAUCAACAUUCCGAUAGAAUAAUCCCUAAGAGUUUCACUCCACGUUGUGAAGAAGUUUUCAUAAAUAUAAAUAAAGAAGAUGAAGCACUUAAUAGCAUUGAGAAUACAGAUGAAGUUAUUCGUUAUGCUACACAGUGUAUGUUGGGUAAGAACACCAAAAAUAAGAAUAAAAACGAUAAAUUGUCAAAGUCAAAAAAUACAAAGUUAAAAGAUAUUAGUGGGAAAAAGGUAAAAGGCCCCACGAUUAUUGAUCAAUUAAAGAGCGUAAAAGGGAAAGAUAAAUCAAAAAGUUCAAAAAGAUUUUUCAUUCCAGAUAAUGUGGAAACUGGAAUAUUAAAAGCAAGUGAUCUUGUUGAUAAAUAUAUAAUUACAUCAGAUGGCGAAAAAAGGAUUUUAGAUGAGGAUACAAAGUCUGGUAAUAGUGUUAAAAAACCUAAGUUAACAAUUCUGGAUAAAUAUGAGGAUAAUUCAUUGUCUUCAAGCAAUGAUUUUGAAGAUCAUUUAAGUGAUGAUGAACACUUUGAAGUAACGAAAGAAGAUUCAAGUAAUGAAAUUCUAUCAAUGACUAAGAAUAUAGAUUGUUUUCCAAAUCAAGUAGAUGAAUUGACAGUGAAUAGUACUGAUUUGUCUAAUGAUCCACGAAUAAAACAAGAAAUUUCAUAUACCAUUGAUUUAAAAAAUGAUGAUAUAGAAUAUUUUAAAAAAUAUUAUAAUCCUAAAGCAAUUCCAAAAAUAGACGUAAUACCAACAAUGAAUAAAUUUACUUCUGUAGGCAAAAUAUCACAUUCUAAUAAGAUUAAAAUUCUAUUGGACUUAUUCCAAAAUAUGAAAGAAAAAGAUAGAAUGACAAUUAUAGAAAUGAAUAGGACUAAAUGCAUGGUAAAGAGAUUGGAGAGAGAUAAUUAUAAUAUGUUAAAAGUUCCUAUCACAAAUGAUGUACAAUUAAAUGCAAUUGAAAAUUGCGAUGAGAAGAAUAUAAAUACGCACUUAAGCAAUGGGAAGAUAUUAGAUCAAAAACAUAAUCAUAAUAAUUUUGAUGAGGAUGACCGUGACGACGAAGAUAAUGCCUUAGAUGCACUUUUAAACUCUGACUCUGACUUAGAAAUUUAA